AUGCUCAAAAGACAGCCAAUUUGGAAUAGCUCAGACUACCAAGAGUUUAAAUGUGCCAGACCGUUGGAUUUUUCUUAUAGGAAUUUGGAAUCACUUGACGGUACAGUAUAAUAUAUAUAACUAAAGAUCGUAGUUAAAAAUUAAUAGAUAUCAUUUAAAGUAAUUAAGUAUAAAUGCUGGUCGGACAAAGUUCUAUAUCGUUCAUUGUUUGUGAUUUUUUCGUACCUGACGUGUAUCUAUAACGUCUAUAAAAUUAUUUAAAUUAUUAUCAAUAUUUUUUUUCAGAACUAAACCGAAACGAAAAGACGUGGCCACUAAGUGUGCGAGGUACGCCGAAAAAAGGAAGACAAAGCAAGCGGUACAGGACUAGUUCGUUUUGGCUAAACAAUAAUCAUUUUAAACAUGUCAACGGCCUGAAGAAUCUGACCAAUAUUCUUUUCGAAAAGACCGACUAUCUAUCGUGGUUAGACCUAUCUAGUAACAGGUUAACUGUAAUCAGUGACGUAAGUAUAACACCUAUUACUACCCCGGGCACCGUUUUUAUGGAAUUUAUGAAAAAUAAUUCUCAAAUAUUUUACCUGUUUGAGUAAUUUAUGUAAACGUUGACAGGAAUUUCUGCUAUUCCCGAACCUGUCGAUGUUGUUUUUACAUCAAAAUAAUAUCCAAAAUCUUAGCGAAGUGUAUAAACUGCGUAAGCUGAAAGAGCUAAAGACAUUAACGCUGUACAACAACCCACUGUGCAUGGGAAUCAAAUACCGCACCAUCGUAAUAAGAAUGUUGCCCCAAAUCCGGAAGCUGGACAACGUAGUAGUAGUGAGCUCGGAACGUGAGUCAAAAAAGCUGCUCGAUAAGGACACCUGGUUCCAUCUAAAGGAGGCGUGUCCAGAAGAAUUCAGCAGGCAAUUUAACAAUUCUGGCGCCAUGGUCAAUCAGAAAUUAUUUUGA